AGGUAGGGUGGAGGGUCUGCUUGAGUCCGGAGCCGGUGUCUGGUCGCGGGCAGAACUGGAGCAGCCGGCAGUCAGCCAUUUCCUUCAGGUUUCCCCCCUUCAUGGCGGCUCGCCGGCUCCGGGAAGUUUUGCAACUGGGAUCUCGGGGAGGGGUACGGCUAAGAGCGCCCCCGGCUGGCAGUUUCAGGUACCUGCCGUCCUGUGGGAUUUUGAUGAUCCAAGCUCCGCGUGCUAUUGGCAACCUCGACAGGGAUCUCAGUGCCCAGCACAGCCGGACGUUCAUCAACUUCACAGCACCUUUCACCAACAAACGGAAGGAAUAUUCAGAAAGGAGAAUCAUUGGUUACUCCAUGCAGGAAAUGUACGAUGUUGUGUCAAAUGUGGAUGAAUACAAAGACUUUGUUCCUUGGUGCAAGAAAUCAGUUGUGAUCUCUAAGCGCACAGGCCAUGCAAAGGCCCAACUGGAAGUUGGAUUCCCUCCUGUUGUGGAACGUUACACAUCUAUCGUGACGCUGGUGCGACCCCAUUUAGUGAAGGCUGUCUGCACAGAUGGGAAGUUGUUCAACCAUCUGGAGACUAGCUGGCGUUUCAGCCCUGGCAUUCCUGGCUACCCUCGCACAUGCACAGUGGACUUCUCGAUUUCUUUUGAGUUCCGUUCCUUGCUUCACUCGCAACUGGCCACAGUUUUCUUCGACGAGGUGGUCAAACAGAUGGUGGCAGCCUUUGAGCGGCGAGCGGGAAAGAACUUCGGCCCUGAGACUCGCAUUCCCCGGGAGCUCAUGUUCCACGAGGUACACCAGACGUGAAGGCUGCCCAGCUGCUGUGGAGGCUGCAGGACUCUGUGUGCUGGGAUAAACACUCAAGGGCUUAUCCAGCCGUCUCUUUUUACCUAUUUAUUUGGUUUCUCCCAGUAUCCUGUCUAAUUUAUCCACCGGAUCUCAUGUGAUGAAGAGACUUGUUCCGGAAAACGGGGCUGGGUUGCUGUGUUGACUGUGGAACAACCUCUCAACCUUCUGAUUUGCCUGGCUGCGCUAUGCUGGGUUACUUCUUCUUUUUUGUGUUAGCAGAUUUUAUUUUAAGCUUUCCUCCUUUUUAAAAUCCCCCGAUCUGAGGAUUUCCUCUCCAUCCCAUUGUCCUUCACCCCGUGGUAUACGCCAGUGUGGCUGCCUUAGGCUGUGGACAGUGCCAACCUCGGUUUCUUGAGAGCAAGGUAGCAGAAGCGCUCAUGUUCGCAAUCAGGUUCUUUUUUGUGCCUCUUAAAUCAUGUGAAUAAACGAACUGAAGCUACCGCUUGGCAAUUUGAAUGGGGAGAGGGGCUGGACCAGUUGCCUGAUAGUUUUGUUCAGGGGUUGAAUAUGCUGCAGCAAUAUUGUUGUUCCAGCCUCGCUUGGGAACAUUGGAAGCCAGAAGGGAGAGUGCACAAACUUAUUAGAAGGGAGGCAGGCAGCUGGUAGGGACAAUGGUGGAGGAAAGGAGAUGUUCUGUGAUGACUGCUGAGGGCAGGAUCAAAACAAGCAAGCAGUGUAUCUGUACUGCUUCGGCUGGCCUGGACUGAUCUUCCUCAUGUCCCUGUCCUUUGUUUGUAGUUAGGAUGUCUAGGAUAGCUGCGUGUAAAGAGUUUUGAGACUCAAAGAUGCAUGCCAAACGAAGGCUGAAAUGCUUACCAAAUGUCAAGGUUAUUCCUGGAAUCUGGUAACUUUAGAAAAGAGGUAUGAGAAGGCCACAAAUGAGUGGGAGGAAGGCAAGGCAAAGAGAAACCACAUGGUCUGUUGUGACUGCCAACAGAGUUUUCUUUAAAGUCCAGAUUCCUGUGUCUCCUGGCUUGUUUAGAUCCAAAUUCCAAGCACUCAAGCAUUACCUGGGUCCCAGUGGCAGGUAGAGAGAGAAAUGUCUAUUACCUUCCAUAGUAGAGAAAACUGACCAAGGCAGAUUGAGAGCUGGAGGCCCUGGAACUGCGGUGUGAGCAAACUUCCUCCAUUUUAUCAGCUCUAUGGUUGCAUGCUGAUGCUCUAUACAGUGGCUAGGGAAAGGCCUUAGGUUGAGGGUUGAUUGCUUUGGGAUAGGGUCUCUUUCCCGCCUCUCUUGGCCCCCCACAACCACGGUUGCUCUUUCUGCACCAGGAGAGUGACUGUACCUUGUGUGCUGUGCAUUGCAGAGGGUUCAUCUGGAAGUGAGUGACUAGAGAGGAGUGACUAGGGUUCCACUCUCUUCAAGAGCUUCAUCUGGAAGCCACCGUUUCUGGUGUUCUCUGCCCCCUGAAACUCUUAUCACAUGGCCACUGUCAACCUAUUUAGCUGUCCCAGAAACUGCCUUCAGUUCCCAUCACGACCCCAGUGUGGAUAUCCCAGGAGAGCUCUCUUUCAGAGAUCCAGUUUGUUUUCCUUGACUUCGCCACACUCGGCUAGUCAGGAAGAAACGUUUACCUAAGCUAGAUACACAUUUUGCACAAACUGUGGAUGCAUGUUAUUGCUGGGGUUGGGUUAGGGGGUCUGCCUUAUAAGAGAGCAGAGCUGCCAUGCUUCAAAUCCUGCGAUACCAGAAGCCGAGCAAUGCAGCGAACUGCAUGAUUUGAAUCCUGAGAGUGGAUGAGUGAGAGGAUGGAAGUGCACAUGAUUGCUGUCAUAGUUUACCGUUGACUUUCUUGAAUGGGGCUAGUUUGCAGGAGGAAAAAAGCGGGAGGGGGAAAGGAGGAGAAUAUUAAAUUGAGUUGUGCAGGUGGGGAGGACUGGGAAUAGGGUAGCUAGAUAAAUCUUAGGCACAGCUUGCCGGCCUUCUGCUUUACUUCCUCAAACGUUUGCAGAAAAGUAGUACUAACAUUAAGCCGGUAUGCUGAAAAGUUUUUGUCUGGCAAGUGACUCCAUAGAGGCUUGCCUUUCUGCUGUGACACCAUCAUCCUCUGGGGUUUCUUCCAGGAUCAAGUUCCAGCCCUACUUAGAGACCUCCCAGCUUCUCUUUGUAGCUCAGACUACGUAGAAUCAGCCUUCUGAUUGACACUUAGGUAAAAAAAGGCACACUGCCAAAACUUUUGCUUAGCAAAUGGCUAGCUUGCUAAAACUUCUCAAAGGGCUGGGUCACAGAUUUGAAGCCAUAUUAGGCAUAGUGGGAAGCAAGUAACAUGCGGCCAUUGGGAUGAUCCUUCUCAGACAAAUCUGCAUCUUGAUGCGAGAUUGCCUGCUGCGGUGGAGAUACCUGACUAGUCACUUCUGACAUAGCGUGGCAAUUCUGCCGGAGCCAGUGUCUUUCUCUGAUGGCUUCCCUUUGCCUCACAGAGAGCUGGUUGUUCUCCUGUUGAACCUUUGCGUAUCUUGUCUGCCAACUACUGUUAAAUCUGUGUGGUGCCUCUGUCGUUUACUUCCCUGUGGAAAGAUUGCUUGGCUGCCAUUUAUACUGAAUGAUCAACCUGGAUUUCUGGUAGCUCCUUGAGUCCAGUUCCUUCUCAUUUCCGGUGGUCUUCAAAUAUCAACUUGUGCAAUGUAGAGCUACUUCAUGAUCAGUGGGACUGUAUUGGUUUAAGCCAGAGUUGGACACCCCCUGGUUUAGACCAACAAUUCAUACGCUUUAUUGAAAGAUUCCCCGCCAAUAAGAAAACGUUUUCCCUUCAGCGCAAAUUUCCUAAAGCUUAUCUAGGAAUUUUAGUACAAAGUCACUGAUCAGGUUGCAAUCUCCUGUGCGCUUACUUGGGAAUAAAUCUCACUGAACUCAGUAGAACUUUCUUCUCUCUGAACAUGCUUUAGGUUGCACUUGUUAGACUGUUACUUGCUUAGUUGUGCCAGAGUCUGGAGUGUGUAUGUAGGAAGCCAUUUGUCACCUCAAGAGGCUAGUGAUUCAAAGAAAGCGUGGCUCUGUGUGCCCCUAUUCUGCAAAAGUGCUGUGUGUGUGUGGAGAGGCGCUUGGGUACUGAGCAUAGGAUUCAGCUUCCUGCAAAUCUCAAUUUUUUGUUUUUGUAAAGUAGAAAAGCAGGUUUUUAGCCCUCAUGGCUAUGAAGAUGUGUGAAAAUGCAGAGGAAAUGCCUACUAAGGUCUCAGAAGUCAGAAGAAUGGCUAAGGUUUCCAGUAUUUGGGGCAUAUUCCUCUUAUUUGAAAACUCAAACGGUCAAAUAAACAGUGUCAAGAAAGGAUGUGGAGGCGGGGAGGGGGUGAAAUGAUGCACUUAAUUAGUAUCGUUCAUAUAGGUCACUGCAUUCAGCUUUUCUUAGUGCAGAACAGCUUUUCUUGGGCAGGAGUUUCCUGUUUUUGUAUGUAACGCAGCCAUCCCUAGAUAAAAGCAAUUGCUUCUGAGCCUGAAUACCUGCCUCAAUGGUUUCUCUUCCUGAGUCUGGCUGUGUGCAUUCCACCAAGCUGGCUGCUUUCUACUUGGAGGUGCGGCCUGCGCAGAGGAACAGCUGUGUGGAUCCAGGGCUGUGGUGUGGAUGGAGAAGGAGGUAAAAUUGCUGCCUCUUCACUUCCAUCGGUGAAACACUGCUUGUGGACCACUUCAUCCCUCCCCUCUCCUUCCUGUACUGCCCUGAUCUAUGUGAUUCUUACUGCAUGCCAGUCCUACAACCAACCGCAGGAAUGAUCUUCCUAUGGGCCUGAAAGGGCUUCAAGGAAAAUCAGCCUUUCCAGGUAUGCAUGGCUAGAGUCAGAUCAGAAGUAACUGUACAGACUCUGCUGGCUGGGUUCCUUCUGUGCAGACUCAUCCCAUAAGGUUGCUGGGACCUGUUCUCCAGAGCUGGUAUGCCACUGAUCCUGCCAAUCAUAUUGUUUGUACCUUUGGUGUUCUAACCUCCUGGUGGGAAACGUCCUUCAUAACCAUGAGAGAAAGCUGCUUUUAAAAAAUAAAAACCAAGAUGCUCAUUGGAGUGAUGAAAUGCAAGCUUUCACCAUCACCAUUAUACACUUGCUAAGAAAGGACCAAGACUGACUGGCAUGUGCUAAAGCUUGGGUUUUUCUUGAGUUGUUUUUUUUGACAGAUGGGAAGUAGAAAGUCUAAUGCAGGGGUGUCCAACUCUGGUGCUUCAGAUGUUCAUGGACUACAGUUCCCAUCAGCCCCUGCUGGCAUGGCCAAAGCGCCAGAGUUGGACACCCCUGCUCUACUGAGACUAUUUUUUCCUGUGUGACUUUGAAUUGUUAUAAACUUGAUCCUUUGAAUCAUGAAUUGUGUUAAUGUAUAUCUCAGCUGAGUCCCCUCUAGAUGGACGGAAACAAAACAUGGCAUCAGGUCUCCUCAAGAUAUUAAAAUGUGACUAACGUCUUAUUGGUUUCAAUGGAAUUUAGUGCUAGGUGUGUGUAUUUGGGGUGAGGCUUCUGCUUAUGGCAAAAAUGUGCAAAAGCAUUCUGCGUAAGUGUUUGUGAAGCUCAAUUCCUGUUUGACUGAAAUUUCUCAGCCUCUGCUGAGCCUCAGUUUCUCUGGCAUGGGCUUUGCAUCAAUGAGAUCUAUGCUGGACUUCCGCUUGGUUGGCAAUGCACAUCUUGUUGUGUCUUCCAUUGUCGGCUGACGUCCCCUGGCACCUGUGAGUCUGGUGUCCUGACUUUUUCAACUCAUUGAAUCUUAAGCCACCCUAUGAUGAGCCCCCAAUCUUUCUGCUUUUGAGAUCAAAGCAGUUCUGGUGUAGAUGUUGCAGUGCCUUUUGCUGUCACUUACCUGUCGCUUCUUCUGUCUCCAUCUGCCUCAUGCUGUGUAGCCAGGUGCAUGCUACCUCAGCUUGUUAGGAAAAGGGAUUACUGCUGGAGGAAAAGACAGGGGCAGGGAAGCAAGAUCAAGUGAUAAGAGGAAAAAUAAUUUGGUAUGUGCAAACCCUGUCCCCACAAAAGUUAACACUGAACCAAUCUUAAGAGCAUUUUAUAGACCAAUUAAAAAAACUAUUUGCAAAA